AUGCCACCAAAUGGAACUUCAACCCAAGCAACAGAUGACAUGGGGAAAGGAAUUCAAUCGCCAGAAUCAGAAUGCACACCGGACUCACCAGAAACAAACACCUCAUCCAGUGGAAGAUCAUCACCUCCACUUUCCCAGUUGAAUCAGGCCAGAGAGAAAAACGAGAAACUGCACGAUAUGCAAGUGAAACUCAUGAGAAAGAAAAAUAAAUGGAAGCUGAAAAAGGAACUACUUGAAGAAAUACUUGCCGGGAUGAAACACACCGAAAGUUGCCUACAGGAGACCUGCAAGCACAUCAUGAAGAAUAACGAUUUGUGGGCAGAUCUUGAUAACGACAUCUUCAUUUGUAACACAAAUGGCCAAAUUGAGAAUCGACUGUCAGAAACGAAAUACACCACACAUCUAGGCAAUGUCAAACAGGAAAUAAAUAUCAAUCAUCUUAAUAAUAAUGAAGAAGAAGUACAAGAUAAUCCACUUCACGAUUUUGAUUUGAAAACGUAUUUAAAGUAUGAUGUUGACGCUGCCUGUCUUUUUGAUUCACACCCGUUUACAACGAGCCCUGAUGCUCGCAGCUAUGAAUAUUUAUCAGCAGAUACAAGUGACGACAACAACAAAUUGCCUUUAUCGGCGCACAUUGAGGACUACUCCGAUCGUAAAUUCGAUGCCACAUACCAGGUACAACAAUACAGGCACAGACGUGUAAAACGGCAGCAGGCGUGUAUAAUAAAGCAGAAAUUGGAAACAAACAUUGCUGGU